AUGUCUGCCAAUCAGGACAACACUGGAGGCAACACCUCUAGCUACGAGAUCUCUGCCAUCAUCAGCGAUCCCUCCGAAGCCGUCGCGAUGUACAAGAAGGUCGUUGAGGCAACUGGUUGCACCACCGUCAUCGCGGAGUUCAUCCCCGCCCCCGACGACCAGGGUGUUGAGCAGUCUGAGACUGGUACCGUCUCUGUCGGCGCUGCCAACCCCAACGUCUCUGUUGAGAACCCCUCCGCCGAGAAUUACUCCUCUACCGAGAAGUAG